GUAAUUUUUGUAUUCGGACCCAGAACCUAAGAUCGAAAGAAUGGUGCACGGGCCAGAAAAAAUGGUAUUGGGUGCCAUUACCAGUGGUAAUUGGUACAGUAGGGUAUCUCUGCAAAUGAUUCCCACAAAGUCAGUGCCAAUCUGCUUCCCCCGGAUCAAGAGAUGCAACGACUCAUCCGUGCAUACUUUGCCAAUAUGGGGCUUCUGUUUCCAUAUAUCCACGAGCAAGAAUUUCUCGAGACAUAUCAUGGUUUUCGUGCAAGUGGCUUCCGAACCAAUGUGCGUCGGACAUGGUUAGGCUUGUUAAACAUGAUACUCGCCAUGGCCACUUGCACAUCAUGCUGGGAAGACUCCGGGAGCGAGUUGCAUUUUGAGCAAUCUGAUGUCUACUACCGCCGCGCUCAAGAGCUUUGUCAAAUGCAGAUGCUGCGAGGCACUACGCUUGAGACAGUUCAAUACCUGUUACUUACAAGUCAGUAUCUUCAGGGAACGCAUAAGUCCAUUCAUACAUGGACUAUACAUGGUCUCGCCGUCAAAGCCGCCAUGUCUAUCGGACUUCAUUCGAAAGAUAUUGCUUCUAAGUUUUCUCCACUUCAGCAAGAGAUCAGGAAACGCACAUGGUUUGGAUGUAUUCUCAUUAUUCCAAUUCAGAUAAAAGAUCACAGUCGGCCACGCAUAAUAAGUAGGACUCCACGUGCUUCGAUCAUACUAACCGGUUGUUAUAGAAGCCUCAGCAUGACAUUCGGGCGUCCAUGUGCGAUUCCAGAAGAAUAUAUCCGCCUUGAUAUCCCACAACCAUUGCCUCCUUGCGAUUCAGUUCCCGAGGAAGUCCAGCAGCUGAUCCUUGCAUUUUACAACGCCUCCAUACUUCUGUACAGAAUCAUGGGAAGGAUAAUAGUAACUCUCUACGGAAGCAAUCUUGGGUGUGACGACCAAACAUCAGAUACUGCUACCAUGACGUCCAUUAUCCAAUUCGGACAGGAGCUCGCAGACUGGCAGGGCAGCUUACCAAUGCAGCUAGGUCUCUGCAACGUCAGUGAACUACCACAAGACGCAGAGACGCAGAAUUCUAUAAUCGAACGCUUCCGAGUAAUCUUGACACUUAGAUAUCUAAACGUCCAGCUCCUCCUCCACCGUCCAAUUUUUAUCCGAUCGUUGUGAGUUUUGCUCAAGGAACCCAUGUUAUUACACCGCAAUACAGGUUCGGUAAGUAACAUGCAGGCCAAUUUCGACAGGGUUUUUGUCCAGGUGGCAGAGAACAUCAUAGAUAUCAUAC